AGAUGACCGUCUACAUGAUACCUCUGUCUAUAUAAACAGCAGGUUGAUUAAAUCAGUUUAUCAUUCAAUAUCAUAUUAUCACACAAUUACCUUCAAACCAACUCAUCAAGUUUUCCUACUAUGAAGAUUCUGGGAUUCACUCUGUUGGCUGCAGUUGUGGUAACUUUUGGUUUUUACUGUUGCACCGCUUCCGGCCCUGCUGAUGUUCAAGAUCAAUCCUUCCAUCCUAUUAUUUUAUCUGGAUAUUCUGGCUGCUACCAAGAAAACCACAAGUCACCCAGCCAGGAGUAUUGGACCUGCAUACAGCGAAGGGAGAAAGAGCACAAAGAACAGAAGGCUCGGAUGGUUCUUCUGAAGAAAGUUAUACUAUCAGUUAUUCAAUAUAUCUGUAUAGCUGGCUUUAUAAUAGUUUUUAUCAUAAAGCCAAUUCUUCCAGUCCAUGUCAGUACAUUGUUUCCACCAACCAUUUACGCUUGUGACCAGAACACCAUCAAAGCUACCAUGGAUCUCCCUUCACGGAUACAACCGAGGAGAGACGAAAGGUGUAUCGUUGAUGAUUCAAUUCCUCCUGUGCAUAUCAGAUCAUUGUUUCCAUCAACCAUUUACGCUUGUGACCAGAACACCAUUAAAGCUACCAUGGAUCUCCCUUCACGGAUACAACCGAGGAGAGACGAAAGAUGUAUCGUUGAUUAUUCAAUUCCUCCUGUCCAUAUCAGAGAUAUCAGAUCAUUGUUUCCACCAACCAUUUACGCUUGUGACCAGAACACCAUUAAAGCUACCAUGGAUCUCCCUUCACCGAUAAAACCAAGGAAAGACGAAAGAUGUAUAAUCGUUGAUGAUACAAUAGAUCUAAUAACACCAGUAAAAUCCAAGACCUUAGUCCUGAUAGAUGCUAAGUAUAGAAUGCGACUACAACGAACCUGCAGACGUCAACUGUUCAAGUAGUCAUGUAGAUAAUAUAUAUAGUUACUAUUAAUCUCCAUGUAUAUGUAUAUGUAUAUGUAUAUGUAUUAUGUAUAUCCAUG